CGCCGGCUGACGAUAUCCAGUCACUUCAGCCACUCGACUUCCAAAAGGGUCGGAAUUUGGAGUUCGUCGGGAAGAAGAGAUGAGUGCAUCUGCUGCUCAUAGCGUCUUUGUGUACGGAAGCCUAUUGGAAGACGAGGUCGUACAGGCGCUCUUGAAACGGGUCCCACAAUCUUCUCCCGCUCUCCUCAAUGGCUACCACAGGUUUAGCAUAAAGGGGCGUGUUUAUCCAGCAAUUCUGCCCAUAGAAAACAAGAAAGUUACUGGAAGGGUUCUCUUGGGUAUUACUGAUCCUGAGUUACAUGUCUUGGACACAUUUGAAGACGUUGAAUAUGAAAGAGAAAACGUCGAGAUCUCAUUAAUAGAUGGUUCCGAGAAAUUACAAGUUCACGCAUAUGUCUGGGGAAACAAAAAUGAUCCAAGCCUUCAUGGAGAGUGGGAUUUUGAGGAAUGGAGGCGAUUGCACAUGGCCGAUUUUCUUAGGAUGACCGUUGGUUUCAUGGACGAGUUGGAGCAGCCUGAAUCUAAACCAAGGGUGGCCACCUAUGAAUCUUUCUUUCAGCAGAAUUGAGAGAAAAAAUUGCUCUCGAUGAAACAAUCUCCCCAUUUCUCAAAUAAGUGUAUGUGAUUUGAAUCUUUCAGCGCAUUGAUAGCACUGACCAUGGUUUCAUCAUCUCGCUAGAGAUGAUCCUAGCCAUCGGAUCUUUCAUCAUUUAUAAACAAAAAAUUCAUAAAACAGUCUAAAUAAGCAUUUUAGAGGUCA